AUGUCAUCUGAACCCAGAGUAGCAUAUGUUUGCUCGCCCGACCUAAUCCGGGUAUCUUCCCUGCUUCCUUCCAACCGAAACCGCUCAGCACUUGUCCACACGUUAGUAAGCGCCUAUGGGCUGCUAAAGCGCGCCAACUGCAUACUUGUGAAACCCGGAAAAGCAAGUCGACGGGAUUUGGAACGGUAUCAUGAGGCGGGUUACUUGGACUAUGCACUUCAACCACACAGAGAUGACGAAACUGGCAAGGGCAAUGUCACUGAAUUUGGCUUGGAAGACGACUGUGAAGUUUUUCCUGGACUGGAUGAGUACAUAUACACGGUCGCGGGCGCCACUCUCACAGCGACGAAAGCCAUCCAAAGUACAAUGUUCGACGUGGCUAUUUGCUGGGACGGCGGGAGACAUCACGCACAUAAAGCCCACGCUGCCGGAUUCUGCUAUGUAGCCGACUGUGUACUAUCUAUACUUCAGCUCAAGCGGCCUGGGCCAGGCCAGAAAACACGUCCCAAGGUGGCAUACCUAGAUUUAGAUCUCCAUCACGGGGACGGUGUUGCCGAAGCCUUUUCGUCCCAAUCACUUGAGGAGAAUCAAACGGAAAACAUCUCGUCAAGUAAUGUUCUCACACUAUCCAUUCAUCACCAUGCUCCUGGUUUCUAUCCCCAUUCUCCAUUAGGGGGACUUACCAAACCAACGACAACCGAUCCAUUUUCGCUCUCAAUUCCGCUAAAUCGAGGGACCAGCGCUCGUACAUAUGUGCGUAUUUGGAAUAUCGUUGAGCGCGUUCUAGGUGCAUUCUUUCGAUGGGAUACAGAUGUAGAACUUGAAGAUGCUCCAAAGUAUCUUGUUGUACAAUGUGGAGUAGAUGGACUAGCAGGAGACCCGUAUGCAGUGUGGAAUUGGGAUAUAGAUGUAGAAAAGGAGGGAUCUUUAGGUUGGUGUGUUCACAGAGUGAUGCGAUGGACAGGUCCCCACGGGGGUGGGCUAAAGAUUGUUUUCUUGGGAGGCGGAGGAUACAAUAGCCCCAAUGCUGCCAGAGCAUGGGCCUACGUCACUUCUAUUAUUACCGGUCAGCCUCUGUCCAUCAAUGAUGACAUCCCAGAUCACAGCGGAUUCCUCAAAUACGCGCCUUCGUUUGUGCUGGAUGUACCCGCAGGCAACAUGCAAGAUGACAACAUAGAGAAGGACUUAGAGCAGAUAGAGAAUAAUUAUAAUGUAUUAAUCGAACGGAUACAGCGUGCGCAGAGUAGCUAA